AUGGCCACGGGUGAGAGGCCAGACUUAACCACAAUGCCAAACAGUUACUCAACUAUCAUUAUCGGCGCAGGAGAAUCUGGAAUCGCCGUGGGUUGUAUGCUCAAGACCAAGCUGGGUACUGACGACUUCCGAAUAUUCGACAGACAGAACGGUGUCGGAGGGGCAUGGUUUGCCAACAGAUACCCGGGCGUAGCCUGCGAUAUCCCGGCGAUUUUCUACUCGUAUUCUUUCGCCCCAAACUAUGAGUGGACGACCUUGUUUCCUCCAGGCCAGGAGAUCCAGCAGUACUUGGAUGGUGUCUGCGACAAGUUUGAUAUCCACAGCAACAUUCAGCUCAACACCGAGGUGUCAAGUGCUCGAUGGAUUGAUGAAGAUGCCGAGUGGGAAGUCAAGGUGACCAGUCUGAAUCCCGAAGACAAGACUUCAGAAGAAGAGGCUCUCCGGUGUAAGAUCCUAAUUACAUGCGCCGGUGAGCUUGUCGAGCCCAAUCUUUGGCCGCAGCAUGUCCCAGGAAUUGAGUCUUUCCGAGGACAGGUCUUUCACACCGCGCAGUGGAAAGAGGAUGUUUCCCUGACAGGAAAAGAUGUUGUCGUAAUCGGGGCAGGCUGCACUGCAGCGCAGCUCGUUCCGGCACUGGCAAGCCCAGAGAUUGCUGCGAAGUCAAUCACGCAGCUAAUGAGGGGACCGCCGUGGGUUAUGGCUCGACCUGAGAAACCUCCUCCGCGUUUGAUGGAGGUUGUUUCCACGUUGCUUAGAACCAUACCUGGACUAGGCUUGUUUCUUCGGCUUUGCCUCUUCCUGUACGCUGAAUCAACAUGGCUCAAUGUCGGCACGGGCUGGUUCGGCAAGAAGCGGCGACAGUGGUUUGAGAAAAGACUCUCAAGUCACCUGCGGAAGACGGUGCCACCUAGAUAUCACGACAUGCUCACACCACACUUUGGUGUUGGAUGUCGGCGGAUCAUUGUCGACGGUGGAUGGUUGGAAAGCUUGAGUCUCCCCAAUAUUGACCUUACCGACAGACCUCUGGUUUCAAUCGAACCCCAGGGCAUUGUAUUAGGUCCUCGACCAGGAGAAGAGCGCUUGGAGUCCAUCGAAGAGAAGUGCCACAAUGAAACCAUCCAGAAGCCCGCAGAUGUCAUUCUCUUGGCAAAUGGGUUCGAGACUUCGACUUACCUCCAUCGCUUGAAAGUGCAAGGGAAAAACGGCAAAUCUCUUCACGAUGUCUGGCAGGCAAAUGGAGGCCCUGGCGCGUACCUCAGCACUGCAGUUCACGGAUUCCCCAACUUUUUCAUGGUUCUGGGGCCAAACUCCGUCAGCGGCCACUCAUCAGCCAUUUUAGCAAGUGAAAAUGUGACUGGAUAUGCUCUGAACUUCCUCAAGCUUGUUCUGAGCGGACAGGCCCGUACUGUUGAGAUUCAGCUAGAAGCCGAGCAAAGUUACACGGCUGAUGUGCAGAGAAGGUCGCUAGACAAAGUCUGGCAAACUUGUCACAAUGGCUACAUACAGAAUGGAGGCUGGAACAGCUCGAUAUGUCCGUAA